AUCAGUUAUACCUUCUCAGAUUGGAACGUUUUCUUUUGAAUCUUUGCCCAUGUUUUGAAGUCUGUACACGCACGACAGGGUUUUUCUUGUGACAUUGUAUUAAAGUCACCCUAUACAUUCGUAAGAACGUAUAUAAAAUGUUGCGAUGAACGAUAUUCUCACGUGGUUAAUAACCUACUCGAUGAAACCUUAAUGUACCUGUUACACACAGAAACCAAUAUACAAUCAUUUAGCAGUCCACCUGAUCUCUAUACAAAUAAGAAACUGCACGCAAUAAGUACUUCGUGUUACGAAAGAGAAGCGGAGCCAAGAAGACUCGAAGGCAUACAUUUCUUUUACGUUCGUAGAGAGCGCGAGUAAAUCGGCAGACAAAAAGAAGACGAAAGAAAAAGUCACACGACUAACCUGAUCCAAGCGCAGUCAGCGGGUGACAAAUGUCAAGUGCAGUUUUGACUGCACCGCAAAUGAUACGAUUGUCGGUAAAGUUGAUCCUCCGCGUAGAUGAUGGCGAAUCGUAAAAAAAAUAAUGAAUGCUCUCGGUCCAUGUCGAAGAAAGUGAGGUGGCACAAGAUGAAGUUUUCGUCAUCAUCGUCUUCUGAGGAGGAGGUGUCCACGGGAUGCCGAAGCUGUAGAAUCAUAUCGAACGAGUAUCCCACUAGAAGAGCUACUGAAAUGAACAUACAAUCAGAUAAAGAUGUAUCACGACGCGAGGAAAAUCCGUUUAGUUUCAAACAAUUCCUGAAGAACUCCCUCCAAACAAAUUAUUAUACUGGUGGAGCUCGUCCAAAAGUUUAUCCUUCUCCACCACCAAGUCCUAAUAAAUUGGAGAAGGAUUCUACAGUCUACUCCCGAAAUCCAACAGAACUACCAGACUUUGUGCAAGAUCAUCUGGUUUUAGAGCAGUGUUAUUUGAAUCAUGAAUCCGCUCAACAAAACACUUCAGAUGUAGAUAAUCUGCCAGACUUUGCAUUGAACAGUGUAGAACAGAGACAAACCAGGCUUAGAAAUGAAUCUGAAGAAAGUGAACCUAUUUUGUAUGAUCUAUCGUUUGAUUUGACUGGAAGUAUAGCAAAAACAUUACCCCCUAGUAAUCAAUCUCCACCAAAUGCGAGUUGUUCUGCCCAUUUAAAUUUACCUAUCUUUGAUAGAUCUAACAUAGGAAAUACAGAACGUCCAGAAUCAUCAGGGUUUCCAUUAGAUUUGCCAAUACUUGGUACUGAAUCUGAUUCAGGUCCAAACGUUGCAGCAAGAGAUUGUUCUGGACCUAACGAAACUAGUGUUCCAAAAUCUUUGCCAGAUUUUUUAAACGAUGGUCCUAUACACAAUAAAACAACAAUUUCUACAGAUUCUGGUCCUGUUUCAAAUAAUACAGAGACCACAGAAAGAAGGCUAUUAUUAGAAAAUGAAAGAUUACGCCAUGAGCUAAAACAGGCAAGAAAAGAAAUCAGUGAAAAGUCUAAAAGAAUUCAAUUAUUAAAAUCCGAAUUGACCUCUAGAAGAGAGGUGGAACAAGAGGAAACAGCACAUCUUGAAAAAGCUAUGGAACAGGUUGAAGACAAUUUAAAAUAUAGUACAAAAAGAGCUGUGAAUGCAGAAAGUACUAUUACAUCAUUAAAACGAGAAAUUAAAGCUUUAAGGUUGGAGAAUGAUGAACUUAAAGCAGGAAUAGCAAUGGGGGGUAGAGUAGAAUGUGAUUCUUCGAAUAUGAACCGAACAGUAAGAAGGUUAGCCAACGAUUUAAGAAAUGCUGCUUCUUCGGCAGAAGUAUCAUUAAGACAAUUAAUGUCCGGUGUGGACAAUUUAAGAGUACUAGCUUCUACACUUGAGAAUGUAGAUAAGAUAGAAGACUGGACCAAAGAUUUUCUAUCAGAUUUUGAUGAAGAUAACUCAUGAAGCUGCUGGUCCUGCACCUUAAUACAGUUUUAUGUACUCCUCUGUCUGUACACUACCCUUUGUUUCACUUUUUCUCCUAUAUACAUCCCAGCCGAUGCUAUUAAGUUCCUGGAAUUCACACAUUCACGUUGAGUAUUCUUUCUGGAGUCGAUUAGUGAUUCGAUUCAAUUGCAAAAGCACGAUAUCCGCAUUAUAUUUGUUGUAUCUUUAUGUGUUAACAGUAGUCUUCGUGUUUCCACUCACGCUACGGUCAUAGAUAUACAAUCAACUAUAAAUUAUUGCUCUUGUUGAUAAAGCAUGCCUCUUAAAUAUGUUGACCGUAGCAUUGGUUUGAUUUCUUGUUAUAAAAUGUUUGUUUAAAUUUUCAUCUUUGUUUCAUUAUUAAUUAUAUUUACAAAAGUGUAAAUGUUUUUUUAUUGUUUAGUAGCAUAAUUAGAAAUUAAAAUAUUGAUCAUCAGUGACCUACGACAAUGAAUGCAUUAAAUAUCACUUUGAUUCUCAGCAACAAACAUGCGUAAAGAAGUGGCUUAUGUUAAUCCAUCACAAUAUGGCUCCUAGAAAUACAUUAAAGAUUUUAACUUUUAUACAUACGCUUUGUCGAUGAUCCAUAAACGCAAAGCACUGGUUGGGAUUUACAAUACUAUUCCAAUGUAACUAUUAAGAGAAACGUUACUUUAAUGGUCAUUGUGACAAUGUUACGUGUACAGUCUCGAAAGUUCCAUUUCUUUGUACAUGUCAAAAAUUAUCAGCUAGGUAAUUAGAUUUGAAACAGACGAAAUCCUCCAUGUAUUUUUCUAUUUAAGGGGGUACAUGACUCUUGAAUCUUAAAAAAAUGUGAAUCUCUCGAACAAGGUUGUAAUUAUAACAAAUCAAUAAUUAAGUAUGUUUUUCUAAGCGCUGUGCAAUAGCAAUAUGUAUGUAUACAGAGAAAUAGGUUUCUAAAAGUUGCCUUUGUAUAUGACACACAAAUUAAUUCCAUACAUUUGAAUUUGAAUAUUAUACUUCCUCUUACCGACAUAAAAAAUCAUUAAACAAAAAAACUCCAAAGGUAUAUUCUAGUAUUCUAAUAAAAUGUUUUGUACCUACAAUAUACAUGUGAAAGUAUUUAAAAAUUUGUAAAUUAAUACAAACAAAAAAUGUCUUUCUUUUUUUUAAAA